AUCAGCGUUGCCAUUGGCUGAUUUUUAAAACGCGGCCCAACGGCGCUGAUAUUCAAACUCCAUUUUCUCUCUUCAUUGCUGUUGGCUUUCGUUCGCGUUCGUUGGACUUCGUUUGUUGACAGAUUCCAGCGUCGAUAGAAGAGUUUUUUCGAGGAAGAUGGACGCGCAGCAGCCUGGAGACUCUGCUGAUCCCUACACGUUCGAUGCUCCUUCUCAUGUCAUGCACGACUUUAGUCCAGACUCUGAAGAUAAUGCUGAUCAGUGGUUUGACAUGAUGGCUGCUCCAGAAAGUGGGGAAUUGGAGCAACUCACAACCCCCUUGAGGGUGACAAAACCUUUUGAUGCGUUGCACAGUGAAGACCUGCCUAAAGCCAUAGUCUCACCCAUGGUCCAUGGGGUGGAUACGAAAGCAUCAGCAGAUGUUCCUGAAAGCUCUGCUCCAGAACCUCCAACCAACAUUGUGACUUCAUGGGGAGACAACAGACCAACCACAGCUCCUAGUCAGCCUCAGAAGAAGAAUGCAACAGCUCAGCCACGCAGAAUAUUGAAGCGUUCCGUGGUCAAAGAUCGGCCUCAAGCUCAGUCACCGCCCCCUGCGAUUAAGAAAAGGAGAGUCGUUCCAACUCCAAGAAGAAGAACAGUUAUGCGUCUAUCUAGGAGGAGCUCAACUGGUGCAAGGCAAGCUUGUCUGAGUGGUACUGCUGCCAGACGCAGCAUCAGGCUAAAGAACAAACUACCCGUACCCUCAGGUGCUGCAUCUGCGUCUUCUGCCUCCACUACCCAACAGAAGAGCACCGAGCAGCAGGAGCUGGAGCGCAUCGAAGCCCUACAGAAGGAGGUGGCCGAGCAGCGCAAGAGAAACGAGGCCAGCUACAGAGCCGCACUGGCAGGAAGUCAGCCUCCAAAGAAACACGUGCUGUCCUCCACCAUUCCCAAAGAAUUUAACUUCCGUUCAGACAGUAGAUUGAAAAACCAGACAGAUGUUUCUGAAGCUUCAUACAAGGAGUCGAACUUUACUUCACAACUGCGCAAGCACCCGUCCUCACCCUUCAAGGCUCCUAAGGGCACCACCGUUCCAAAGCCCUUCAACCUCUCUACUGGUAACAAGAGGAAGUUGGAUGAAAGCAAUUCCUACGUAUCCAUGGCUGAGCAGAUCGAACAGUUUCAGAGGCGCACACCAACUCGAUAUCACCUGCGCAGCCGACAGAGUCAAGAAAAGGGCCCAUCACCAGUAAAGACUGAGAAGCCCAAGGUUACUCACCCUCACACCCCUCAGCUCCUCACCCGCCAGAGGAGCCGCCCUGUCACGGUGAAGAGCGCUGCUGAGCUUGAGGCUGAAGAAGCUGAAAAACUGCAGCAGUUCAAGUUCAAGGCUCUGGAGCUCAAUCGCAAGAUCCUCGAAGGGGCCCUGGCUCCGAGGAAGCCUCCACCUAAAGAAGCGACUCGUCCAGAGAGCUUUAAGCUGGAGGUGGAGAAACGUCUGCACGAGAGAAACGCCACCAAAAAGACAGAAGAGCAGGAAGACUACUCCUUCCAUUCCAAGCCCUUACCAACACGUAUCCUGGAAGAGGUGGUGGGUGUCCCAGAGAAGAAAGUACAGAACCCUACUGUCCCUGAAUCCCCUGCUUUUGCACUCAAAAACCGUGUACGCGUGGAACGCAGGACCGAAGAGGUGAAGGCACCGGCUCCACGUAAAGCACUUCCUGUGCCCCAUUACGUGCCCUUCCAGCCUAAACCUGCAGCGAAGAUCCAUGUAGAACAGUGUCCUUUCUCAUUCGAGCAGCGUGAACAGGAGCGCCGAGCACAAAAGGAGAGAAGACUGGAAGAGCUGAGGAACGAGGAGGUGCCCAAGUUCAAGGCUAGGCCUCUACCUGACUUCCAUGAAGUGAAUCUUCCAGAAAAGAAAGUAACUGAACCGACCAAACCUGCUCCUUUCAAGCUGAUGGUGGAUGAGCGUGGAUCUGUAAAGAGUGAACGUUGGGAGCAAAUGAUGAAGGAGGAGUUGAAGCAGCAAGCUGAUGCAACAAGCUUCAAGGCAAGACCUAAUGUCGUCGUGCACAAGGAGCCUUUUGUGCCCAAGAAAGAGAACCGCUCCAUCUUGGCCGAUACUACCCAUUCUGUAGUUGCCGACGGUUUCCAGCUUUCGACGGAGCGACGCGCCAAAGAGCGGCUGGAGUUCGAGCGGGCUCUGAAAGAGAAGGAACUGCUGAGGGCGCAGAUGGAGGAACGACAAGCCAGAGAGCAAGAGGAGCGCGAGAAGGAAGAAAUCGCCAGGUUACGGCAAGAACAGGUGCAUAAAGCCCAGCCAAUCAGACACUACAAGCCGGUUGAGCUGAAGCAAAGCGAGGUGUCGCUCACUGUUCCCCAGUCUCCAAACUUCUCUGACCGCUUUCGUCUCUAAAAUCCCAUCAUGAACUGUACAGAAUCUUUUAUUAUUAUUAUUUUUUUUUUAUACAAAAUUUCUUUCAUUUUAACUGCUUUUUUAAAAGUUGUGUUCUUUAGUAUAUACAUUUGUUCUGUACUCAGACUUGGACGCUUGUCUGAGACUGAUCUAUAUUGCAUUAUGUCAACUGUUGUACAAUGUUUUUUCUUUCUUCUGUACAUGUAGCCUUAACCAUUUUCUGUCUCAAUGUUUUUUCCUCCUUUUUGUAAUGUAUUAAAAGUGUGCUAGAACA